AGGGGUGGGGUCUGGAGGAAGCGGAAGUGUCAGCGCAGGCGGAAGUGGUACUGCCCUGAAUACCCUGAGCAGCGAGCGGAGGACGGCUGGAGAAACUCCCAUCGUUGAGCGAAUAAACUCGGGAUCCUAAUCACGCUCUAAACCCUAAAACAUGGAGAAGACCGACCUGGUGCAGAAAGCCAAGCUGGCAGAGCAGGCCGAGCGCUACGACGACAUGGCGGCUGCCAUGAAGUCUGUGACGGAGCAGGGUCUCGAGCUCAGCAACGAGGAGCGCAACCUGCUUUCUGUCGCCUAUAAGAACGUGGUGGGCGCUCGCCGUUCGUCCUGGCGUGUCACCUCCAGCAUCGAGCAGAAGACGGAGGGCAACGAGAAGAAACAGCAGAUGGCCCGUGAAUACCGCGUGAAGAUCGAGUCUGAACUCGAAGAAAUCUGCAACGACGUGCUGAGCCUGCUCGACAAAUUCCUCAUUCCCAACGCGUCUCAGGCAGAGAGCAAGGUGUUCUACCUCAAAAUGAAAGGAGACUACUUCAGAUACCUGUCGGAGGUGGCCACCGGCGACAAGAAGAAGGAGACGGUAGAGCACUCUCAGCAGGCCUACCAGGACGCCUUCGACAUCAGCAAGAAGGACAUGCAGCCGACACACCCCAUCCGGCUGGGCCUGGCCCUCAACUUCUCUGUCUUCUUCUACGAAAUCCUCAACUCACCUGAGCAGGCCUGCUCUCUGGCCAAGCAGUUAACAGACAAGUUCUGUCGUGUCACGUUUCCACUCGCAGCUGAACGGUGCAACAAUGCAUGCCUUCACUUAUUGCCACUUGAGUCUUGUGCAGCAUGAGUGGAACCUGUGUGUGGACUGACUGCAUAGGGACCUUAAAGUUGAUCUGAAAACGCCCCCCCCUCUUUAUUUUAUUGAACUAGACAAAGCUGUGAUUGAUCCUGCGAUGCAGUUAAACCUGAGCAGUUUGAAGGAGCCAGACUGCAGCCGAUCAGCCAGUCGAGGAAGUGAGAACCUGUAGUUCAGCUCGUUUUUAGGAGGCGACCCUGAAGCUCGUCUUUCAGCUGCAUCAAAACAAAAACAACGGUACAUUUUCCAGCCUCUGAUGUCAUGAAAGCUCCGCCUCCUUGUGGUUUCUUGUUUAAACAUCUCAACAAGACACCACAAAGGCUUAUUUCUCCCCAAUAAUACCUUUUAUUACUGCAACUUUUCCCACUCAGUGUCACAAUAACCUUGUCUAAAGCACCACGACAUUCCACUUAGAUGUAGAAACGCCUUGUUUCUUUAUUUUUUAUUCUUUUUCUGGGAUAUUUUUCAUGCACUGACAUUUAAAAAGGUAUAAAAUUUACAAAAAAAAACCAAACCAUCCUCCCUGUCGCUCUUUUCUCUUUAGCUAAACAAAACGAGGCAGUUAUUCUUCGCUUUCUAAGGAAAACUGAUCCCAUGCAGUAGUGAAUGUGGCACCGAGCCUGUCUGUAUAUCUGGUAUGUGAAAUAAUUUUGUUUUUACUGACCAGUAUUCUGCUUAAAAUAAAAAAUUACAAACAAAAAAAAAUUUCAACCCAAAAAAAAAAAAAACCAACAAAAAGUCUGCUUCUGUGACGGUUUUAUUGCUUAGCGCGCACGUGGUUGUGAAACUUUAGAGUUAGCUUAAGGACACCAAUAAAAAUAAUAAAACUUUCAAAAAAAAUUUAAAAAUCCCCCUUUGAAUACCUCGAUACUUUCACCCUGGUUAUUGACGUAAUAUUAGAUUUGUGUAUGUCUUUUAAAAAAUAAACACAAAAAAAUCCAACUAGUUUCACUUUACAUGUUAUAAACAGGACAAAAUGUAAAAGACAAUUUAAAGUGAAAUAAAGAUUUUAUCAGUUCCGAAUCA